AUGUCUGCAGGAGCAAGCAAAUAUGAUGUCAAGCCCGGUGAUCCGGAAGGAAAACUUCUCCCUUUUGAAGAAAUCAAAACUGAGGCAGAUCUCAUCCCUCCCGGGGCUGCCCGCGGAACCGUUCCCACCGAUCUCGAACAGGCGACCGGUCUCGAACGUCUAGAAAUCCUGGGAAAGAUGCAAGGCAUUGAUAUCUUUGACAUGUCUCCUCUACCGGCAGACCGAGUCGGUACAUUCGAUGACCCAAUUGUUGUAAAAUCGGCUGGCAACGAAUACCAAAUCGGAUGCACAGGCUCACCUGCCGACUCACACAACGUCAAAUGGCUCGUGCUGUCCCGCAAACGGCCUUUCGAGCGCUGCCUCGAGUGCGGAAGCGUGUACCGAAUGGACUAUGUCGGACCUCCAGAUCAGCACGAUGACCACCAUGGCGACCACAUCCACGGCUUCGAAGAGCCCAAGACCAUGGCAGAUUUUGUCAAGCCAGAAUACUGGUACCGAUGA